AUGGAAGUGUCCAACAAACUUAAUAGACUACUCUUUUUUGAUCAAGCUCGUAAAAUUUCUGAAGCCAAUUACACUUCCGAUCCUAACGACGCCGAUAACUUGACCAGAUGGGCAGAAUCUUUACUUGAAUUGUCUCAGUGUCAAUGUCCUCAAGAUUCCCUGAAAAUGAUUCAAGAUGCUAUUGUAAAGUUAGAGCAGGCAUUGUCUAUUAACCCAAGAAAGCAUGAAACUUUAUGGUGUUUGGGAAAUGCUCAGACUUCUUUAGCAUUUCUAACUAAAACGGAGGAUGAAGCGAGGCCCUAUUUUAAACAAGCUGCUAAAUACUUCCUGCAAGCAGUUGAUGAGGAUCCGACCAAUGAAGUUUACCUCAAAUCACUCGAAAUAUCUUCUAAGGCUCCUAAAUUACAUCGUGAAAUCCUUAAGCAUGGUUUAGAUCAACAAAUAGUUGGGGUUGGACCUUCAACUGCUACUUCUUCUAGUUCAGCAAAGGAUGCUAAAAAAGGUAAGAAAAGCUAUAAUCUCAAAUAUGACAUAGUUGGAUGGAUAGUCCUUGCUAUUGGCAUUGUUGUUUGGGUCGGGUUUGCCAAAUCUCAAAUGCCACCACCCCCACCACCAUCGGGAUAA